GCCGCCGCGAUGCCGAUGAAGGGCCGGUUCCCGGUGCGCCGGACCCUGCAGUACCUCAGCCAGGGCGACGUCGUGUUCAAGAGCUCGGUGAAGGUGAUGACCGUGAACUACAACACGGCGGGAGAGCUGAGCGAAGGCGCAAGAAAGUUCGUGUUUUUCAACAUCCCCCAGAUCCAGUACAAGAACCCCUGGGUGCAGAUCAUGCUGUUCAGAAACAUGACUCCCUCGCCCUUCCUCCGGUUCUACCUGGACAGUGGAGAACAAGUUUUGGUUGACGUGGAAGAUAAAACCAACAAAGAGAUAACAGAGCACGUUAAAAAAAUCCUGGGGAAAAGCAAAGAAAUGCUUGAAAAAGAAGAAAGAGAAAGGAAAAAACUAUCACAUCCAGCAACCUUCGGGCCCAAGAAGUAUCAUCUGCGAGAAUGCAUGUGUGAGAUUGAAGGCCAAGUUCCCUGUCCUGCUUUUGUACCAUUGCCCAAUGAGAUGAGGGGAAAAUACAAAGCUGCUAUGAAAAAUGAGGCAUGAGCCUGACAUUUCAAGAUCUCAAGUUAUGCAGCUGUUUUUUCUUAGGGCUGGACAAUGAAGGUGCCUCAGUGAGAGGCAAGAGCCAGCAGUUCCUGGGAAAAGGAACAAGCAAGUUCAUUCAAUACAAACAACUCUGCCUCAUAAGCCUUCUUAAGUAUACAACUAGAAUAAUUAAGUGAAAAAUAAAUAAAAGUUAAAACUGGCACAAAAAAA